UUACCACAUUCUGUUCAAUCAAACUUUUAUUUGGUAUAGCCUAUGUGGCGCCAUGCAUGUUGAUAUAUCCAGGGCUUCCCAUAAAGGUUCUGGCAGCCUAUAAUAGUCCAACAUGACAAGACUUAGAACGGUGAGCUGCUUAGAGUUCCUCCAAUGAGUCUGCAGCGCAAGACGUUGGACAACCGCAACGUUUCCCAGAGUUUUAUUUCACCAUCAGCCCUUUCCUCCAAAACCAUUAUUAGAUCAGACAUGAAGCAGCGUAUUGUGUAACUUUGGUUUGUAAACUAUCAUCAUGACACAUGUAGAUAUAUAUAUUCUACAGGCAUAUUUUGGGGAGGGCUGCGAAACCGGCGAGUGUAGCUCUUUUAAUCAGCUCUGUGCUCCUUUAAGAGGGGUUGCUUUGCUUCAACGAUUGGGAAACAGGAAGUGAUUAGUGUUGGAUCACUUUUUCAAACAAGAGCUAGCUUAGUUAGCUAGCGUUAGCAAACGGGUCUAACUUGCAUUCUUGAGUUGUAGAAAAAUAAUGCGAAUGAUAUUUUUUCUGACGAGUUACUCGAGACUCUCGUCUUUUCUUUUUUGUUUUUUUUCUUUUGCGAUAAAAUGCGCAAAGACCGUGAAAACGUGAUACCAGGUAAAUAGCGAGGUAGCUCACUGGCUAGCUAGUUAGCUAACCAGCUCCAUUAUCCUGCAAACCUUCAGACAAAAAAGCUAGCCAGAUAGCUAGCUAGCUUACGGUGCAAAAAGCUUCAAAACAUCGAAGGGUAAAACAUAACCCAUGUUUAGUACUUGUGAGAAAGUGUACGUGAUUACAUGUAAUCGGCUAUUUAGCUAAUUAGUUCGGUAACUACCAAAUAAUUUGUGUAAAAUUAAAGAAAGAGAAACGGAGACUUAGUGGUUGGUUCGAGACUGUUAUGGCAAACCACGAAAGUUCGCCAAACUCUGCUCUUGUUGCAGAGCUGUCGCUUUCGUUUCAAGAUGAACUUACUGCAAGCAUUCAAAAUGCCCUCGGGGUCGCCGUCGAAAUUGCGGUCGUCGAAAUAACUAAACUCGUAGGACAGGUGCUGAGGGACGUGCGCGACCAGAUGCACGAGACCCUGAGUGACAACAAAAGUCUCAAGUCUCGCCUCCGAGCGGCAGAAACCGAACUCCGUGCUGUGCGUGCUCUCUUGGUGGAGGCACAGCGGCAAACCCCGGCGAUUACCGUUAACACAGGCUGCUCCGGCAGCGAACAGAUGAGUGGAUCCGCUGAUGUGGAUCUGAAUGAAGAGCAAAGGGUGGAUUCUCUAUUGGAUGUUGAGCAAAAGUAUGACGUGAGUGUUUCUAGUGAAACAAAUUCGAGUGUGUACCAAAGGGAAUCAUUCUGCGAGAUCCGAGAAGAUGGAAGCGUGUGCACUCAGGAUCUGAAACCCGAUUUGACUGAGGAAGAAUCCAGUGCACCUGAGUUAGAGGAGGCUAAAGAUAUAAAAGAAGUUCAUCAAGGCAUACAAGACAACCCUUCGCAUUUUGAUCGGGCAUGUGUUGGCGUGACCAUGGGACCUGGAAUGUCUGCAAUCCUGGUGGAGGGGUCCUUGUCCCGUGAAGCUGGCCGUGCAGUGCCUGAGGUAGCUGUAAAGGUGGAGGAUGGUGAGCAUUGCGGUGGCCCAGAGUCUAGCUCACUCUCUGAGCGAGAGGAGUUCGGCUCAGACUGCCUCUCCCUCGCCCAGUCGAGGUUACUGGAGGACUGGAGGCCUGAUCCACUCCAACUGCAAAGCUGCCAGUCAGACUCUUACGCUUCCUCGUCGAGCACCGCUCUGGCUGAUGCCUCCCUCUUCCCAGGAGACAUCCCAGAUCUGGACUUCCUCUCAUCUGCUGCUCCCAGCCAACAAGAUGCAUUCCCUGCCCCACUCUCGCACCGGGACGUGGCCUCCAUCUCUAACCACGCCCCUCACCAGCUUUAUCCCACAUCGAGCUCAGGCCCAUCCCAGCACGUCUGCAAGCUGUGCGGCCAGUCCUUCCACCUGCAGGAGGACCUGCGCCGGCACCGCAGCCUCCUGCACCCCAAACAGGCUGGCCACCAGCACAAGAGCCCCAAGCGCAGUCUGUUCCCCCCAGGCCGCAGCCCCUACCACUGCUCCCAGUGCGGCCGCGACUUCAACCGCAUGGAGCACCUGAAGAUCCACCAGCGCAUCCACACAGGCGAGCGGCCAUACGCAUGCUCCGUCUGCAGCGCCCGCUUCCGCCACUCAUGGGCGCUGACGCGCCACUUCCGCAUCCACACAGGCGAGAAGCCGUAUACGUGUGCGCAGUGCGGGAAGACCUUCCGAAACUGCGGCGGGCUCAGGUUCCAUCAGAGGUCGCACGCGAGGGGGGGCGUGGCCUGAUGGACGUCAGCACGGGUGCCAGGGUCUGUAGGAAGAAUUUGAGCACAGUCCCUCUUCAUGGCAUUGACAUCAUUUUCUUUUUUCAUCUGGAGACUCAAAACAUUUCUACUUAAGUCAGCCAAUAAACGUUCUGAAUAUUAAGUAAUUACAUGAAUGAUAUACAUUAAGUAACAUUUUGAUAGCAAGUUCCUUUACUGAUCUCAUGGCUGGCUGUGUGACUUAUUGUAAAAUGAUAAGAACCUUAAGAGGCCCAGGAUGCCUACUGUGUCACCCUGACAAUUAUAGGAGGACACAAAUUAAGAUUUACUUUUAUUAAGAAGUUUUUCAUUUCAUAUCUGUUUUUUUAAGAUAGUUCCCAGUUAAGUCAACCAGUGUUCUAAACACCUCUGUUGGUCUUUCUCCCAUCACACUGGAAAGGUGCUCUGGGUUUGUUUUUCUUACCAGCCAUAUUCACUGAGUGUCACAGCACAUUAGUUGGCAGGGCACAGAAGACUUGACUCUGUCCACAUGACGCCAACAAAGGCCCAAAGGCGGCACCCCCUCCUAGCCUGAGCCUUGGUAUUGGUUCUGUGUGGGGGCGGGUUCACGUCUCAUCCACCAACCCCGUGUUUGUGCUGCUCUGGCAGGACAUUUGCAGAGGACCGAGCUGCGCAGGCCGUUCCUGCCGAUGUGAUGUGGCGUGGCGUGCACACGGCAUCUGUCCAGGUGUACCAGGCAACAGCGUGACUGAGUGAUGCUGCACUCCUGUUACUAUGCUUAAAGUGCCUGGCAGCGAUAAAUUUGUUCCCUAACAUGUAUGAUGUUUGCCCUCUGUCCAGUGUUUUAUCUUAAUACAGGUAUUAAAAGUGAAGUGGGCUUCA